UUAGAGUGAAGAAGAAAAUUUCGCGUGACUUUCGAAUCAUCACUUACUGUCGGCCGCUCGAAGAAGGAUUGUGAUAAUUGCUCGUAAAAAUAACCCUUGUUACGCUGAAUUUCAAUGGCCGAGGAAGCACGAAAAGUUCACAUCAAUGUCGAAGAAUCUGCUGUAAAUCUUAGCACUGAUUACUCAGAAGUCGAAGAUAAAGACGAGGCAUCACCUCUGAAUGAGUCCAGUCCACUGAUCCCUUCAGUAAAUAGUGAGGAACAUGAAAGAACAGGAACUGUAUUCUCUUCAAUAUUCACCCUUGUUUCGACUAUGGUUGGAGGAGGAAUUCUUUCAUUACCAUUUGCAUUUCAAGAAGGAGGUUUUAUCAUGACAUCCAUAAUCUUAUUCUGUGUCCUUAUGGCUUCCACCCAUGGUGCUUUUCUUGUCAUAAACAGUAAGAGAUAUUGUCAGGGGAAAAUAACAAAUAUUGAAGAUGUGGCUAAUAUUGCCUUUGGAAAUAAGGGAAAGAUUUUAACUCAAGUGGUCAUUAUUGUAACACUGUUUUUGUGUUCAGUUGCGUACUGGAUUCUGAUCACAGACCAGAUCCAACCAAUAAUUGUUCUGCUAUGUGGCCGUGACUCGUUCUGGUCAAAGAAGAUUAUCAUAUUAACAAUACCAACAGUGGUCAUCUUCCCAAUCACUCUACUGAAGAGUUUGAGUGCACUUAGGUUUACCUCAGUUUUAAGUGUCAUAUGUGUAGUGUUUGUCGCUGGAGUUGUGAUUUUCAAGUCAAUCAUAAACGACGUUGGAGGCCUGGUGGAUAGUCCUACGAAUCCAGUGCGAUGGUGGCCAGAUAGCUUUGGCGGGCUCUUAACAGCUAUCUCCAUCGCUGGCCUCACCUUUUCGUGUCAUUUCAACAUCUUACCCUUGCAUGGAGAGCUGCGAUAUCAAACUCGUGCAAACAAGAGAAUUAUUUUGUACACAGCAAUGGGGAUCACUUAUACACUCAAUGUUCUUGUUAGUUUCUUUGGAUUUUUUCAGUUCAGACAGUUCACUGACCAGGACAUUACAAGAAAUUAUCCACAUGAUGAUAUUCUCAUUAAUAUUGGACGUGUGGCUUUAGCGCUGACACUUCUGCUGAGUUUUCCACUGCUUAUCUUCCCUUGCAGAAAUGUUAUCAACAGGUUGAUUUGGCGGAUAGAAUCCAAAACUCUUUUGCAGUCCCAGCCGUCUAUGGCAUCUCGCUCACGGGAAUAUCUUAGCAACGCCACGGGCACAGGUCCUUCACAGUUAAUGUGGCUGGUAGAGACUGGGCUCCUAGUCUUCAUGGGUUAUAUUCUGGCGUACUACAUUCCCCAAGUUGCUAUGGUUUGGGGAUUCGUCGGCGCUAUUGGAACCACCAUUUUAAUCUACAUCCUUCCGCCCGCAUUUUAUCUACGUGUACGCCUUCAUCCACCCCGACCAGACCUUAAACAAAUAGCGGCCUGGGGCCUAAUGCUAACAGGAUUCGUUGUGCUUGUUGUAUGCACCUAUCAAUCAUUUGCAAACGUCAUCGAUCCCAUUCCUAAAUUGGUGCGGCCACAUGACCUUAACAACCACACAACAUCUGGAUAAACAUCCACGCCAAAACACGCCACAAGUAUCGCUGCUUUAGUAUUGCACGACUAGCCAGAAAAGUCACGUGACGAACCAAAUUGACAGGUGACAAUAAGAGGCUUUAUCUCCAGCUCCAAGUGGCUGAAGUGUAUAUCUUGAUCGUCAAGGAACAAAGAAUGCUAUAUGGGGCGUUGAAAAUAAAUUUUAGAGCAAUGUUCAA